AUCAUGCAUGGCUAUUUUGUAGUUAUAAAUAUUUGACAAGUCUACUGGGGUGGAGUUUCAGACCCUGCUUUUGAACAUUCCCCUAAAGCCAGCUGUCAAGCAAACUUCUUGCACUAGUGCCAGAAUUGUCCCACUGGGGUUUGAACGGCCGUCGUGAGGAGAGUUUAUAUUUCAGCUCCUGUAGUCUGAUCUGAAGACGGGCAGUAUGGAUCAUCGUGAAACCACCUUGGAGGUGGACAAAAUCCACCAGAAUCGCCUGUCGAGUGUCACGGAUGAUGAUGAGGAACAAGAUGCUGCAUUUACAAUUGUCAGAGUCCUGGACAAGGUGGCCACUAUUGUGGACAGUGUACAGGCCAGUCAGAAACGCAUCGAAGAGAGACACAGAGAAAUGGAGGAUGCCAUCAAGACUAUUCAAAUUGACAUCCUAAAGCUUGCUCAGGCUCAUGGCAAUACUGGGUACACGGUUAACAAACUGCUAGAGAAAACCCGCAAAGUUAGUGCUCGUGUGAAAGAAGUGAGGGCACGCGUAGAGAAGCAGAGUGCUGAUGUGCAGAAGGUUGAGGCCAAGCAAGAGGAAAUGCUGCGGAAAAACAAGUUUCGUGUUGUAAUUUAUCAGGAGGACAUUCAGUGCCCAUCUUCUCUAUCAGUUAUCAAAGACAGGACACGAGGGGAAAGCCUAGAAGAUGCCUUCUGCCCACCCGAUGAUCUCUCCUCUGACGAAGAGUAUUAUAUAGAAGAAAGCAGAGCAUCCCGGUUUAAGAAAUCAGGCAUGAGGCGCAUCGACAAUAUCAAAAAGGCAUUUUCCAGGGAGAACAUGCAGAAAACAAGGCAAAAUUUUGGUAAGAAGGUGGACAGGCUUCGAACUAGAAUAGUAACCCCGGAGAGGAGAGAGCGAAUUAGACAGUCAGGAGAAAGGCUGAGGCAAUCUGGGAUAAGGUUCAAGAAAACUAUAUCCAAGGCAGCACCAACCAAGGAGAUGUUAAAGAAGAAUAAGCAAACUAAGGAGCAACCAGUCACUGAAGGUCAGGAAGGGACCCAAGAAGCAGGUAUUGCUACAACAGCGGAAAGUGGAGAUGCUGAACCAGUCACUGAAGAAAUUUCCUACACUGAAGUGAUAACCAAAGUGAAGAAAGACAAAGGCAGUGGAUCAAAAGGCCCUUCUCAGGCAGAGAAGAUAGUCAUUACUCCUGAAAAAAUAGUUCUCAAACAGGAGGCCAAAGAAGAGGAGGAUGUCCUUCUACUGGAUCUAAAACAAGCUGCUUAAACAGUCUGUCUCCUAUGGGGUAUCUCUGGGGCAGGGGAGGAGCAAUUCCUUUUACUUGGGUAGAUGUAGAGCUCAGUGGUUUUCACACUUCCUUCAGGUAACCCUUUCCAUGUUGAUUUGUCUGCUCAAGAAACUUUGGUAUCUGCUGCACAUUGUGGAAGAUUCUGGGGCAUGUUCUGUGGGUGGAACUCCCCUCUCGUUUGAUUUGCCAGCCUGGCCUCUUGGGCCUAGCUGUCACUCCAUUUGGACAGCUUGGGCACACUCUAGAAUGUAUCCAGCACUCCCUAUGGCAGGGUUGUACAGGGAAGAUCACUAUUGGCCAACAUGCUGCCUUGCAGGCGGUUUAUCUGCCAUUACCCCUGAUAAACUCUCAUGGAACUGCAGGGUUCCCAGGAACACAGUUUGCAAACCACUGAUUUAGAGGAGUGUGUGUGGAUUAAUUUACUGUUAUACACACAAAAUAUAUCUAUAUGUAUAUACUGUUUUCACUUACAGUCAAUGGAUAUUCUUUCAUUAUCCGAUGUCACCCCAAUAGAAAUAAGGAACCGAUCUUCCUUGAUGUAUCCACAGAAAUGCCAUUGAUCUUAACAGGUAUUGCAUUUCAACACUACAGGGAGGUGGAAGCCCCCUGCAUUUUAAUGGCAUUAAUUCCCUCAACAGUCUUUCCUCUGUCUGUAUUUUAUGCACAAUGACAACCAAGCAGAGUAAAUCUCAUUAAAUGACUGGUUAGACAUCACAUGUUGAUUCUUCCACUAAGGGGAAAAGGAAUCAGUCAACAGCUAUCUUCACAUCUUUAUCUGGAAGGCUGUAGUUUACAAUUCAGUUUCUCUCCCUCCUAACUAAACAACAACAACAACAACAACAACCCCAAGCAGGAAUGCUAGAAGCGAAAGUUGUUCUGGAAAAGCUGCAGAAAAGUUUAGAAUCUUGAAAGAUGUUUGUUAAAGAACUGCAUUUGCUGUCUAUGGCAAGAAAAAGACUAUGCAUGAAGAGUCCAUUAGGAAUGUGGAAAAGGAUUCUGUGAAGUGAUCAAAAGUAAUUUUGCAGCAGCAGGACAAGGUUAGACUUUGGAAGAAACUUAAAAGAUUAUAAAGCUCUUCAAAAAUAGGUAUCGCAGGUCUUAUUUCCUCAUCACGCAACCGUGUGGAGAAAUAAGUCAUGCUUAGAGGUUUCCUGGAGGCAUCUGGCUGGCCAUUGCUGGCUCAGUGAUAGUCAACUAGACCCUGGGUCUGAUCUGGCAAGACUCUUACAUUAAGUUAGGGCCCCCCAACCCUGGGUCCCCAGACGUUUGACUACAACUCCCAUCAUCUCCAGCCCCAAUGGCUGAAGGCCAUUGCAGCUGGGGAUGAUGGAAUUGCAAUCCAAUCACAUCUGGGGACUCAAGCUGAGAACCCCCUGCAUUAGGUGAUCCAAGUUGGUAGGCAGAUAGUGCAAGAUUCAAGGGAAAUAAUCCUUGAUGUAAAUUACAAAUGUUUGGGCAUGCCAAAUUGACCCCGGUCAUCACAUGCCAUAAUAUCCCAUUGCUCACACUCUCAGCACAUUGCCACUUCUGUUAAUUUACAUUGAAAUUUGCCGCUCUCUGCCUACCAGUUGCAUAUUGAUGAAAAAUGGUUUCCUAAACACUGGCGGUCAUUGGGAUCAGUGAGAAGCCCUAUUCACAUGUUACGCUUAAUGUGCAUAUAAUCAGUGUAUAGUAUACGUAAGUACAGCUCAGUGCACAUGUAAAAUUAUUCACAUAUGUUCAACACACAGUGUGGUACACUUCCUUUCUAUACCCUGCAUGGGGGGAGGAGUGGCUGUACCCAGGUUUUCUUUUAAAAUAAAUGCAUGUACUGUCAUUUUCACACAAAAAGUGCUCAUGUACAGACAACUGAAUGCAUAUAGAACAUAAUGUCUGAAUAGGGCUUUCAUGUGAAAUAUAUUUAGGUGCGAAUUGUCUGUCACAGGCACCCAUCCUAAGACAUUGCCCCAGAAAUCAUCCAUUAAAAUACAUUUGCUUGAC